UUCUAGAUAAACCUUUGAUCGUUAAUUUUUGUGGUAUAACAGAGUUUGCUUGCGAUGGGGCUGCUACGGUGCGUUCAAUCACCUACAGUAAGCAGCAUUCCUCGAACUGGGUUGAUCGAAAAACCAUUUCUAUGUGGGCACACUGCCGUCAAGUUUAUCAAUAAUAAGAGAAUUUGCCCAGAUGCGAGAAAGCUUAAAUUUAUUGAUUUUAGGGCCCAAGCAUCAGGCACAGUGAAAUCCAGCUUGGAGGCACCCAAUGCAACUCCAAUUGAUGCUAGUCUAAAGGACAGCAAUCUUGUUUUUGUCGCUGGUGCGACUGGUAGAGUUGGCUCACGAGUUGUAAGGGAGCUUUUGAAAUUAGGAUUUAAAGUUCGAGCAGGUGUUCGGAAUAUUCAGAGAGCUGAAUCUCUCGUGCAAAGCGUUAAAAGCAUGAAGCUUGAGGAUGUCGCAGGAGAAAUUCAACCUAUAGAUAAGCUUGAACUCGUGGAAUGCGAUCUGGAGAAACAAAAUCAAAUUAGUCCUGCAUUGGGCAAUGCAUCGAUUGUUCUAUGCUGUAUUGGUGCCAGCGAGAAGGAGGUUUUUGAUAUAACUGGACCCUAUCGGAUUGACUACCAGGCAACGAAAAAUCUGAUUGAUGCAGCGGCUUCUGCAAAAGUUGACCACUUCAUUUUGCUGACAUCUCUGGGAACAAACAAAUUUGGAUUUCCCGCUGCUAUAUUGAAUUUGUUUUGGGGAGUCCUUUGUUGGAAAAGGAAAGCAGAAGAAGCCCUACUUGCCAGUGGUCUCCCUUACACAAUAGUGAGACCUGGAGGAAUGGAGCGACCUACUGAUUCGUACAAGGAAACUCACAAUAUUGCUUUGUCACAAGAGGAUACUUUAUUUGGUGGCCAAGUAUCGAAUCUGCAGGUAGCCGAGUUAAUGGCUUUCAUGGCCAAAAACCGUAGCCUUUCGUACUGUAAAGUUGUGGAAGUAAUUGCAGAAACUACAGCACCACUGACUUCCAUGGGAGAGCUCCUCAAAAAUAUACCUUCCCAACGUGAAGAAAUUUACCCAAUCAAGGAAUCAGAUGAUGCAGAUGGACCCCAGCCUGAAGUUCCCGAUAAUAUCACCUCUGGGAUCCCAAGCACUUCUGCAGAGGAAAAACCUAAAGAAUUGAAGGCAACCUCAACAACACCACUUUCUCCAUAUAUUGCGUAUGAAGAUUUGAAACCCCCGACUUCUCCGACUCCCACUCCAAGUAUUGGUGCAAGUGCCUCCAAAUCAAGUAAUGCAGAGGCUACUCCUGCAGCAUCUAAUGUCACCUCUUCAUCAAUUGAGGUCAAAUCUUCAGAAACUUCAAGUACCACCUUAGAAAAUGGACCUCUUUUGGUUGACGUGAAGAAAACAAAUCACUCGUCACCAUACACAAAGUAUGAGGACCUCAAGCCCCCUUCAUCACCAUCUCCUAAUGUGCCAACAAUAUCAGUGAACAAUGUAUCUGAGGAUCUUGCUGAGGACAACUCAGGGAAUGUUAAUGAACAUACUGAAUCAAAACCGAGACCCCUCUCACCUUAUGUAAUGUAUGAGGACUUGAAGCCGCCAAGUUCGCCUAUACCUUCAAAGCCUUGAACAUGAAUAAAGCUACUAGACAGCCAGAUACGAAGCCCAUUGAAGGAAGUAUCCAUAAGUGUAACUAAAUCAGAGCGAAUACACUUAUGUUUCAUAAAAAAACAUAAAAAAAUACAUGAGAUUUGAGCAAUUCAAAAGGACGGAUUUUUUUCCAAAGCAUGAACAUAUUGCUUUUUGUCAUUUUGGAUGUGUAAUUCUAGUAAUUUUUGUUGAUCUAUGUAGAUACCUUUCAUAUUGUGCCUGAAAGUCAUAAACUUACAUUC